AUGUAAACGCAUCACUUGCUUGCCACUCUGAGAAUCGAAAAACCAACUUAGAAGCCAUAAUUCUUGAAAAUACUGCAGGAUCAUAUGAUUGUGAAUUGCACCAAUGAAUAAAUUGAUUAGGCUUGGGAACAUUGUCAAGAAAAAGAAUAUAAAUAAGUUAUAGAAGUUUUACAACAGCAGAGAAUGAGAAGCAUCUCAUUAAAUUCUCAAAAAAUAUAAACUAAGUUACAACCCCUAGUUGAAAUAUUUGAUAAAAUGGACAACAUCAGAAAAAGAGAAGGUAACGAAAAAGAAAUUAAUAAAUAAUUGAUUGCCUUGAAAUUUGAGGCUGAACGGAAAUUAAAAGAUUUCAUUAAUGAAUCCUGCUUAGACAGCAGUUUUACUCAAGUUUUAUAGGAAAAGAUUGUUGAAUUUCAGGGAGAAAGAAAUAAAUUAAAUGAAGAAUAGGGCAAGUAAGGUAGCAAGAAAGCAUAGUAACGAUUGAUUGAUCGACAAAAGGUUAGGGCUACAAAAUUAUAGUAAUAAAUCUAAUUCGUCCUGCACAAUGAUGACAACAAAGCAAGGGCAUAGGCAAUCUGUACAAAAUUGCUAAAUACUUCAGUUCCGAGAUAUAAAUCAACAUUGAAUGAUAAAUAAGAAUAAAGAAUAAUUAAAAUAAUGAACACUAAGUUUUUAUUAUGAACACUU